AUGGCAUGGAAGCACCUCUUGACCAACACUAUCAGGAUCAUAGGGGCAGGGGUUGACACUGCCAGGGGCCUGGCAGGGUGUGGUCUAUUACCUUUAUCCAGAACCUUCUCGUCUGGCAGACCUUCAGGACCUGGACUGGCAUUCAUUGCAUUUCCACARUCUGUGGCUAUGAUGCCCCUGCCUCAGUUGUGGGCUGUCUGCUUCUUCAUCAUGCUCAUUAUGUUGGGGCUGGACACAGUGUUUACAGGUUUGGAAACAAUAACAUCUUCAGUGAUUGACAUGUUCCCAGGAACGAUACGCAGACCCUGGCGUAGAGAAAUCUUCAUCCUCCUCUUUUGUUCUAUCUGCUUCAUCAUUCAGAUCCCUCUCACUACUCAGGGAGGAAUCUAUCUGUUCCAGUUGGUUGAUUACUAUGGUCCGAAUGGAGCAUGUGUAUUAUUUGUGUCUCUGGUCCAGUGUGUGGCUGUUGGGUGGGCCUUUG